GAUUUCUUGCCGGGUUACACAUCACACAUUUUUUUUUUUUUAAUAAAUUAAUUUUUGUUCAUCUGAUAAAUAGAAAGCAAAAAAAAAAAAAAGGAAGAGAAAUCAAACCCCAUAAGCAAAUCAAUCUCAGAGACUCUCUGUCACAGUUGGAAUACGCUAAGCUGUGAAACAAUUGCGAUUCAACAUGUGGGGCUCAAAAGUUACGGUGUUGUCGUUUUUGUUUCUGCUUCUUCUGGGUUUCAGCAAUUGCGAAUCACAAACUGAGACUGCUAUGCACACUAACAACUGGGCUGUUUUGGUCUGCACCUCUCGUUUCUGGUUUAAUUAUCGACACAUGGCUAAUACUUUAUCCUUGUAUCGGACGGUUAAGCGGCUAGGAAUACCUGAUGAGAGGAUAAUACUCAUGCUGGCAGAUGACAUGGCUUGCAAUGCCAGAAACAAAUACCCUGCCCAAGUUUUUAACAAUGAAAACCACAAACUUAACUUGUAUGGAGAUAAUGUUGAGGUAGAUUAUCGAGGCUAUGAAGUGACUGUUGAAAAUUUUUUUCGUGUAUUGACUGGGCGUCAUGAGAAUGCUGUUCCAAGAUCUAAGCGUCUUUUAAGUGAUGAAGGAAGCCACAUUCUUCUGUAUAUGACAGGACAUGGGGGAGAUGAAUUUUUGAAAUUUCAGGACUCAGAAGAGCUCCAGAGUCAUGAUUUAGCUGAUGCCGUGAAACAAAUGAAAGAAAAGCGUAGAUUCAAGGAGCUGCUCAUAAUGGUGGACACUUGUCAGGCUGCAACUCUCUUCUCUCAGCUUCAAUCACCAGGUGCUUUAGCCAUUGGAAGCAGCAUGAAAGGAGAGAACUCAUACUCACAUCACUUGGACUCAGAUGUUGGUGUUUCAGUUGUGGAUCGUUUCACAUUUUACACCCUUGCCUUCUUUGAGAGACUAAAUAUGUAUGAUAAUGCCUCAUUGACCAGUCUUUUCGGUUCAUAUAAUCCAAGUAUGUUGAUGUCAACUGCAUAUUAUAGAACAGAUCUUUACCAACGUCGUUUGGAGGAGGUACCUGUGACAAAUUUCUUUGGCUCAGUCAUGGAAACAAUACAUACUGAUUCAGCUUACAGGGUCCUGUCAAGAAAAGAGUCCGGUAGUGUUGAAAUGAGAAUGUCUACAGAGAAAUCAGACCAUGACAAGGAAAGAUUAUUGCUGAAUUCCAAUGAUUUGGAUCAAAUUGGUGAGCUAAACACAGAGGAUCAACGAGGCAAUAUUGAAUGUAUAUGGAGCACUUUUCAUAAGGAGUUGCAGAAAGUCAAAGAUGUUGAUUCCUUUGUGAACUAUGGCUUAGUAAUAAUGCUUCCAUUGCUGACGGUUUCCAUGUGGCUGUCCUGGUGAAACUUUGAGGCAACAUCUUUGAUUUGGUACUUUCUUCCAGAUACUUGUCCCAUGUCCAAUAUCAUAUUAGCCAACCUUACCUUUGAUGUCGGUCUAUGCUAUUGGUUAAUUGAGGUUCGACAUGUGUAGUCCCCCCCACCUUCCCCACGGGCAGGUGCAAAGGUUGUGUAUUCAUUUGUACCAGAGAGAGAGAGAGAGAGAGAGAUGCAUAACUUCAGUUUGCACUCUCUUGAUAAAUUUACUAUUACUGUUAUGAUUUACUUGAUCCAUGCUUCCUCUAUUCCCCUCUCCUCCCUCUCCAUCCAAACACGCUCUUCGAUUUAUUAUCUUGACUUCACGUGUUUCCUUGCAUUGUAGUUAUUUUCUUGUUUAAUGAUAUUAUUUUUUGUGUAUA